AUGAGUGUAGCUCAAAAUGACAUUAAUAAAAUGGCCGAUUAUCUCACACAAUUUCCUCAUUUCAACGCAUUCGAAUGUAUUGACUACGAUUUUCGUUCUGCAGCACAUGUCGCCGCUGUCGAAGGUCACAUUGAAGUCAUUCGUUUUCUGUCUCAACACUGUGACAGUUCUCAUUUUGAGAGACUGAUGAAUCGCGAAGACCGGUGGGGUCUAUCGCCCAUGGAUGAAGCCUAUCGACAUGGACAUUUUGGCGUCUGUAAUUUUGUCAAACAACAUGUACUUGCUCAGAGUGACAAGAUGCAUAGUGAAAUGCCGCAUUUACCAGAAUCAGAGUCCGAGAACAACACCAUUAUUCAUCUGUUACGAAAAUGGAAGAAAGUGUUUCUUUUUGGUGCAUUGGCUGCAUCGGGCGCAGCUGAACGAAUCGAUGCACUUUUCGCGCGUGGUUAUUUCGUUCAAACAGAACUCUAUACAGAUUAUGAUGGUCGCACACCCAUGCAUUUGGCUGCGGUGAAUGGACAUUUGAAUGUGGUACAAGUGCUUAUUCGAUAUCGAUAUGACGGCACGACGUACAAAGACCGAUGGGGCAAUUAUCCUGUUGAUGGAGCGCGACGAAAGAAAUUCAAGAAGAUUGUUGAUGAACUAGAGCAGCAUAAAGCGUAA